AUGAUUUUGAACGACUUUUCGAAGUUAUCACUUUUUUGCAGGUCUUUUAUGACAACACGCCUCAUAGUUAAAAGCUUGCCAUCGAAUUGCACGGAGGCAAGCUUGCGGAAGUUCUUCAAAAAAUAUGGCACUUUGAGUGAUUGCACCUUGAAAUAUACAAAAGAAGGAAAAUUCCGAAAAUUCGCUUUCGUCGGAUUCGAUAGCGAGGAAAAUGCCAAGAAAGCUCUACAGGAAACGGACCUCUCCUAUAUGGGAUCUUCGCGUCUUCAUGUAGAGGAAUGCAAACCGUUCGGCGAUGCGAACAAGCCACGUGCUUGGAGUCAGUAUUCCAAGGAUAGCAGUGCCUACAAACGAACGCACAAAGAUAUAUCACUUUCUCCACAAAAGGAAUCAAAAGGACACAAAUGCAGACGAAGCUGUCGAAAAGAAGAAGAAACUCGAUCCGGAAUACAGCAACUUCUUAGAGGCUCAAGGAAUCAAAGAAGAAACACCUCAGAAAGUCACUGUUACCGAUGCUUCCAACAAAUCGUCUUAUUUCAGCCUCAGAAAGUCACUGUUACCGAUGCUUCCGUAGAAACCGCAAAGCUAUUAAAGGAGUUGAUGGAUGGAAUAAGUGGCGACACUAAGCUAUCACUAAUAUUCACUGGUUUGCCUGCUUCUAUAAAGCAAAAGAACCUGAAGGAAUGGUUAAGCCCAGUGCGUGUCAAAGCGAUGAAGAUUGUAAGAAAUGAAACGGCUGCAGUAGCAUUUAUAACGUUUAAUCGUCCACCGGAUGUGCGUAGAGCUCUGCAGAGAAAUCAGGAAUUCAUUGGUGGCUACAAGCUCACAAUCUCAAAAGUGGCUCAAGAAGAGGAGAUAUCUGAGAAUAAGGGUGAGGAGGAAGAAGAAAACACAAUUAGUAGGGAGACAGAAGAGGUAAGCAAAAAUCCGCGAAGAACUUCCUUGGAAACGGGCAGACUCUUUGUACGAAAUUUACCCUUCACCACGAAAGAAGAAGAUCUGCACUUUUUCUUCAAGAAAUUUGGAGAAAUCGCUGAAAUUCAGGUAAUAAUCGAUAAGAAAACUGGCAAGUGUAAAGGAUUCGCCAUAGUGGAAUUUGUGUUCCCGGAAUCUGCUGUUGCAGCGUAUGCCGCUGCGGAUGGAACUAUUUUCAAGGGCCGCAUGAUGCAUCAUUCCUGCCCUGGUUCGGAAAAACGUGAAAAGAAGGAACCGGAGAAAACAGAGUCAUCUGGAAAGACUCCGUAUAAAAAGGAGAAACUGUCGAAGCUGAAAGCAAACGCAGCAAAGUCCCAUUCAUGGAAUGCGUUGUUUCUUGGACCCAACGCAAUCGCUGACACUUUAGCGGAAAAACUCGGUGUUGAAAAGGGUGAUCUGCUGAAUUCGGAAGGUGGAGAGAGUGCUGGAGUCCGUCUGGCUUUAGCUGAAACCAGACUGGUUCGUGAAACGAGAGAGUUCUUCAUAGCAAAUGGCGUUUGUCUGGACGCGUUUUCUCGACCUGCUGCGAAAAGAAGGUGA